AAAACAUCACGAAUAAUUUGAAUAAAAAUUUACUGUGUUGGGUGUAAUGUAUCAUCCAUCUUAUCUCUCAGAUUUCUGAGUUGAUGCAUAAAUGAGAGUGGAUGUGGUAGCCAAGGAGAAGCAGCCACUCAAUUAACAAAAACAAGGGAAAGGUAAUGAAUCUAAUUCAUUCUUCAUUCGGCUAUGGAUUCUUUCUGUGUUGUGUCAUGUUGUGUGAAACAUAGUAUAGGUUGUCCUGUUUCUGCUGCAAUGGAGCUGGCUUUUCAUUCAGCCUUGUACCCACCGUCUCUGUCUUCCACUUUCACAACCAGAAGACCUAAUUUCAAUUCCCGGCUUUUGAUUUUGAACAAACCUUUCACUGUUAGGAACUUCUCCUUGCCUUCUGCUCUGGCAUAUGAUUCUGAAUUAGAGAGCAAAAAGCAUCUACUUCUGACCUCUGUCCAAGACACGCAAAGGGGUCUCUUAACAACUCCUGAUCAACGCUCCUCUAUUGAGGAAGCUCUGGUGAAUGUGGAAGGCCGUAACAUGGGUCACCCGAUCAAUCUGGCUAAGUUGGAUGGAACAUGGCGCCUCCAGUACACUUCUGCCCCCGAUGUUCUCAUUCUUCUCCAAGCUGCUGCUACACUUCCUUUCUUUCAAGUUGGACAGAUCUUUCAAAAAUUUGAAUGUCGUGAUCAAUCUGAUGGAGGUAUUAUCCGCAAUGUUGUUCGUUGGAGUAUUCCAAAUUUGUUAGAGGAACAAGAAGGUGCUACACUGCUUGUAUCCGCCAAGUUUAAUGUAGUAUCUGUCCGUAAUAUCUACCUUCAGUUUCAAGAGAUCACAGUUCAAGAUAUAAACAUUAGUGAAGAGCUGCAGGCUGUUAUAGCUCCAGCAAUACUACCUCGAUCUUUUAUAAGUCUUCAGAUUUUGCAAUUUCUCCGCACUUUCAAAGCUCAAAUCCCUGUGAGAGAUCCAGGAAGGGAAUCGGUGGGAGGACUAUACUACCUCAGUUAUUUGGAUGAUAAUAUGCUUUUGGGUCGUGCAGUUGGCGGAGGGGGAGUAUUUGUUUUUACCAGAGCGCAAUCUCUGUACUGAUGAGCAUUGGGAAGUUCUCAAAACUUAUACUGUUUGCGGGCCAUAACACUCAAUGACCUUUUGGGGAUGGAAGUGGAAUCGUUUAGAGCGAUAGAUUGACCAGAGUCAUAUAGUACAGAAGGAGUUCUGGCUACUAAAGAAGGCUAUUAUAUCCAGUUGUUGUGUUGACUUUAUUUGAACUUCUUUUUCUUUGUGUAUAUUUGCACUGUUUCUACUGAAUUCGUUAUAUAUUGGCAAAGUAAGAUGGUGAGUGUUAGUUGUAGAAUUGGAGAUGUUAAUAUACGUUAUACAACUUCUGGGAAGAGGAUAAUGAGCCUGAUCCUGCUAUGUACUGUGCAGGAGUCUUGUAAUCUUUUUACGCUGCAUGAGAUGGAUAGUAUUAUAUUGGCAAAGUCAGAUGGUGAAAAAGUGGAAAUGUUAAUAUAAGUUGUACAAUUUGUGGGAAGAUAAGGAGCCCUAUCCUGCAUAAGAUGGAUAGUAUUAUAUCUUGUUAGUUUUAUCUGUUAUUAUCUUCUCAAGUUUAUUUGUAAAUUCUAGGUAGUAAUAUCUAUAGAUCAUGGUUGGUAUGUCAUGGGGACCCGAAAAUAAAAAGAAUUGUAUUAGUUGUUGGGACUACUGAGUGUGUACGUGUAUCAAUCAGAUUGGUAGCUGAUAGCUUUUCAAAUUCCAAUUACGCAUUUGAACAAGUCAAUGAAAGCAUCAUUUAAACAAAAAUUGUAAACAAAACAUAAAUCAGACAGAGAAAUGAUUUCAUCACCAUGGGCCCCAGUUAGCCCUCCUAACUAUUACCCUUGUAGAGUAUGAUUAGGCCUGCAAACGGCCAACGGAAUAGGGAAGAAGGAGAUGGGCACGAAUAUGGGAACCCAUUCUGUCCAUUCGCUUGAAUUUGUGGUGGAUUAAAUAAUAGAAUAGUAGAGUGCUUGUGUUAUCAGUUUGGGGUCUGACUGAUUGAAAAAAAGAGCGACGGCGUGAAAAGUUGAACUGAUGGAAGAAGGGGAUGAGGGAAGGGAGCAGAAUAAGAGGGAUGAAGAAGAAGAAGAAGAGGUAAGUGAGAUUGGGAAGGUUCCUGAUGAUGUGUUGAUAGAGAUAUUGGUGAGAGGGGGAAUAGGAGAGUGGGAGCAGAUAGCAUGCGUUAAUAAGCACUGGGCCAAUCUUCUCAGUUCUCACUGUGAAUGCUUCUGGCAAGCUGCACUUUCCUAUCAUUAUCCACUCAUGGCAGUCCCUUCUCUCCCUCUCCCAUGGCCAGGCCCCAUUCCUCUACCCAACAACUCCAAGACCAGAUUCACGGCUUUAUACAUUACUCAACGCAUCUUUGCUUCCCAUCCUCACAAUUUGCAACUACACCAUCACUUUCACGAGAUCGUGGGCCACACUUAUCUCUUCUUGAAACACCAACUUCAACUUUUCAUUAUGCCUCCCCACAGUGGAAUUCUUCAUGGAACCAUCAUUGAUCAGUUCAUUGCCUGCGGCAAGUCCCGAGACAUCGCCCACCAACUUGCUUCUCGGAUUUGGCUUGCUGUUCUCGACAAUUUGGACGACAACCACCACUCAUUUUCCAUGCUUAAACGCCUUGCCCAUGAAGGGGAUGUUUUUCUUCCAUUCCCUUAUACCAGAUCAUUAGAAGUACAGUGGAGGGUGUUUGAGAAGCUUUUUACUGAUUUUCGUGAUUGCUUCAACCAAUCAGAUUAUUAUGAUAUGUUGGCAUGUGCCAAAAGCAGGUUUCAGCAUAUACCAUCUUCUUGGUUAGGUUACUAGCAGAUACCAAUGAACCUGACCUUUCUGCGGAUAAAAUGGUGCCUUUUUCAUUUAGGAAAAAAAAUAUUUAUCUAUACCUUAUCUCUAGAAUGAACCAGCUCUGAAAUCCCAAUUUAUCACUCAAACGCUUUUGCUCCCAUAUUAUUUUUUUCUUGGUGCAUCCUUCGAUUGCAAAGGUGAUGUACUAUUAUAUUUAGAAUUUAAUUUAAAUGUGCUAUUGGAGUAAACAAAUUUUCUAACAUAUCUAAUGAUUUAUAGUAAUUGGAAC